AUGAUUAUUACAAAUGCUAUUAUAGGAGGAGGAGCAGGUGACUUACAUUUAUGGUAUCAAUUGAAUGGACAACAGGUGGAAAAUUCAAAUGCAAUUCAAACUGUUAGCAGUGAAAAUGAAGUAUCAACAACUUUUACACAAUUAAUCGUAGAAAUAAAACAAGGUGAUUAUCUAGAAAUUGUUUAUUCAUCAACAAAUUCGCAAUUAGGUUUACAAACAGUUGUAGUAGAUGGUCAACCAACUGGUGCUGCUCUAACUGUAACAAUCUUUCGUGAACCUAAUUGUCACAACUAG